AUGGGGAGCUUCAGCAACGAGAUAAGUGUCAAAAGAUCGCUAACUUUAUCAGAUUUUACCUUACGUAAUCAUAAGAAAGGCAUUACAGCAUUGCAGAUUAUUAGAUUGACAUCACUUUCAAACAUACCAGUUUUGCUAUCUGGUGAUAGCAAUGGUUAUUUUGUCAUGUGGAAUUUGGUGACGAAGAGACCGAUUACAUGUUUACAGAUCGAAGGCCACCCGCACAUCAUAGCGUUUGAGUGGGUGGGAACUACUACUACCGUACUCUGCAUUCUUUGUAAAGAUUCCAUGUUACGAAUGUAUAGGUUAGAAACAUCUGUCCUAAAAUCUUUAGAUUUAGUAAGAAAGCAGAAUCAGUUUGAUAAAAAGGAAGAUAUUAAAUGGAGUAAAUUUUAUGAAAUGCCAAUAAAUACACUGAAUUUUGCGAAUUUUAUCAUGGACGCCCAAGUGAAAGCAAAUAAGGAUAGUAGAUGCUAUAGGUUAAUUUGUUGCCAUACUGAUGAUUCAGAAGCUAUUGAUAUUUACCAGAUAGCAGAAGGCUCAAAAUACAAGCUACAAAGACCAUUCAGUAAUAUUAAUUUCUCCAAAUUCUUGAAAGAACAAAAUUUUCUAGACCUUCCCAAUGACUCUAAAUUUGGUAUUAUAAUGAGAUUUGUCAAGUUAGAUCAUGUCGUUUUUUUAGGUUUUGAAAAUGGAUUCAUCAUUGGAUUCACAACAAUUUUCGAUGAAGACCUUCAAAAGGAUAUAGUUGAAGUAGUCCAUGUUUCUGAUGAUCAUUAUCCAAACCCGAUACUAAAUAUGUGUGUUAGUGGGAAUACCCUUUAUAGUUGUUCGACAGAUGAUGUCAUAGCCAGACACAAAUUGUCAAUAAGCUCACAGCCUGCACCGAAGUAUCUCAAAGAUAGUGCGCUUUUGAUUAAGUGUGCAAGCACUUUGAGAAUAAGUGAACCAGCAAAAAUUCGUCUUCCUCUGAAGAAGAUCAGUCACAUUGAUAAAAUAUCGGACAAAUACUUACUCGUAAGUAGUUGGUCUGGUAUAACAGUCGUUUUAAAUAUACAUACUUUGGAAGUACUGCAUACUUUCAUGAAGUCAAAAAACAAUGUAGUUGUGAAUGAUAGUUCUAUGGGAGAUUUAACAAAUGGUAGCAGCACAAAUACAGAAUCCAGCUCAAAAUUCAAUAACUACAAAGUGGGCGCGAUGACAGUUUUAAAAUCAUUUGAUGUACAAGCAGAUGGUUUGAAGUUAGGAGAACAUAGGCGUAUUAAAGCAUUAGCAGAAUGUGACUGGUGUCUUAUCGGGUAUGAUGACGGUACUAUAAAACUUAAUAAAAUAUAG